GAAUCUAUUUAUAUACAGAUGCCAAAAAAAAGCCCACUUCGCGUUCCAAAGCGAGGGAGACAAAAAAAUAAAAAUAAAAAUAAAGAAAAUAUUUAACGAAACUCCGAUCUGGUCCGAAUCCACAAGCCACAGCCCACAGACUCUGGUGUCAGCUUCUCCAACCCACGACCGUACGGAAACCCCUCACUUCCAAUUAUAUUUCUUCCUCCUGCAGAAAACUUCUCACUCCAUUCUCAGAUCACCGACCUUCGGAUCCCCACAAAUUCAACGCCCACUGUUGAAUCCACCACCGCCAUGAGCACUCCAUCACUCUCAGGGGGCACCGGCGCCUUCUCUGGAUUCACUAGGUUGUGCAAGGGCCUCGCUGUGGUACUCGUCGGAGGACACAUUGUGGUUCAGGUUUUGCCUCAGGCCGUUGACUAUCUUGCUCUCAUUCCCGCCAGGACGAUUCCUUUCGGCUGGAACCUCAUAACCGCUGGUUACAUUGAGCAAUCAGUAUAUGGGGUCGUUGCCAGUACCCUUGGUCUUCUUUUCUUAGGGAAGCUUCUUGAGCCCAUAUGGGGUUCCAAGGAAUUUUUGAAGUUCAUCUUUGUCGUUAACUUUCUGACUUCUGUAUGCGUUUUCAUAACUGCUAUUGCUUUGUACUACGUUACAAGGCAGGAAAACUACCUUUAUAUGCCUCUUUCAGGCUUCCAUGGGAUCCUUUCAGGAUUCUUGGUUGGCAUCAAGCAAAUCAUACCUGAUCAAGAAUUGCCCUUAAUCAAAAUAAAAGCUAAGUGGUUACCAUCUCUCUCAGUGUUGCUGUCCAUUGCCAUAAGCUUCUUUACUGCAGAAUCUGCAACAUAUCUUCCAACCAUAAUAUUUGGUACGUAUAUGGGCUGGAUUUAUCUCAGAUACUGGCAGAGGAAACAGGAAACAAAACUUAAGGGUGAUCCAAGUGAUGAUUUUGCAUUUUCAACAUUCUUCCCUGAGUUUUUAAGACCAAUAAUUGAUCCCAUUGCAACUAUAUUCCAUCGGAUGCUCUGUGGAAGAUCUGAAGAUUCUACUGAUGCCCAGGGAUAUACCCUUGGAGGUGCUCCAUUGCCUGGUUCUGAUCCUAUUGAGGCUUCUAGAAGGAGGGAAAGGGGAGCUCGUGCACUGGAAGAAAGGCUGGCAGCUGACAGAUUGGCUGCUGCACGGGGUGCAGAAGAGUUGGAAAGAGAUGCCUCACAAAAUGUUUGAUUGCACAGAAAAAGUCUCAUACCCAGCCAUGAAUCUACAGAAGUAAAGCAUAUUCCCCAUGACAAUUUAGAGCUUCUAUGAUAUCUGGGAAAGAGCCUGUUUUUUUGCCAGUCUGGAAGAUGGUGGAUGGUUUUGUUUUACAUUUUGCUGUGGAUUAUGAUACUUAUGAUACAAAAUGUCUUGUUUUCUUCUGGUUUCUUGCAUGACAGAUUCAUCUGAUUCUAGCUCAAGGUACAGACCAGUUUUUCUUUUUUCUUUUUCCUGUAAGAAUUGUCACCACUGUGGUUUUCAUUUACUAUAAUAUUAGAAGUGGACAUGCUCAGCUUGCAGCUUCAUGUUCUUGUAUAAAACAUAUACUUCGACACAGAAUUUUUACCUUCAUGGAGUAAACAGCUUUUGUAAAUUACCUUCCAUCAAUUAUUCUUUUUUUGUAA